CCAAGCAGCAGCAGCGGCCGCCACCUCCAGUGCACAAGGUAUCUCACCAGAAAAGAAACCUGAGCUCCUGGGAGGGGACGCGGAGAGACCGUAGCAGCGCUGGCGCGAACCGAGCCGGUAGAGAACGCUUUGAAGACCAGGGGGGAGAUCGACCACAGAGGACCUUCGCGACCUGCUGCUGAGAUCCUGGCUUCACGCUGGGCUUGCAUUUUGCAGACACCCACCCACCCCCACAACUCUAUUGCCCCCAAACGGAGCCUUUAUAUCGAGGGAAGGUGGGGGAGCUGGGACAACCAGGACUUUCUCGGGCUCCCAAGAUGCGCUCCAUUAGGAAGAGGUGGACAAUCUGCACGAUAAGUCUGCUUCUGAUCUUUUAUAAGACAAAAGAAAUAGCGAGAACUGAGGAACACCAGGAAACGCCACUCAUCGGAGAUGGUGAACUAUGUUUGAGUCGAUCACUUGUUAAUAGUUCUGAUAAAAUUGUCCGAAAAGCUGGCUCUUCAAUUUUCCAGCACUCUGUAGAAGGUUGGAGAAUCAAUUCUUCUUUGGUCUUGGAAAUAAGGAAGAACAUUCUUCGUUUCCUAGAUGCAGAACGAGAUGUUUCCGUAGUGAAAAGCAGCUUUAAGCCUGGUGAUAUUAUUCACUAUGUACUGGACAGGCGCCGAACGCUAAAUAUUUCUCAAGAUCUGCAUAGCCUCCUACCUGAAGUUUCUCCUAUGAAAAAUCGCAGGUUUAAGACCUGUGCAGUUGUUGGAAAUUCUGGAAUUCUGCUAGAUAGUGAAUGUGGAAAAGAGAUCGAUAGUCACAAUUUCGUCAUAAGGUGUAAUCUAGCCCCUGUGGUGGAGUUUGCUGCAGAUGUGGGAACUAAAUCAGAUUUCAUUACCAUGAAUCCAUCAGUUGUACAAAGAGCAUUUGGAGGCUUUCGGAAUGAGAGUGACAGAGAAAAAUUUGUGCAUAGGCUUUCCAUGCUGAAUGACAGUGUUCUCUGGAUCCCUGCUUUCAUGGUCAAAGGAGGAGAGAAGCAUGUGGAGUGGGUUAAUGCAUUAAUCCUUAAGAAUAAACUCAAAGUGCGAACUGCCUAUCCAUCACUGAGACUUAUUCAUGCUGUCAGAGGGUAAGUGUCUGGAAAGGACCAGUCUGUCCUUGGCACAAUGGAGCACAUAACAUUGUCUAUAGACAGAAAGAGCUUCAGCACACGUCCCAGUAGCUAUGUCUUCAUUGGUUUAUAUUGAUUACUCUACCUACUUGAAGUUUGGUUGCAUACUACUUAGUGUAUUCCCUUUCUUACAGAAGCAGAUUAUUGUUCUUGGUACAUUUUCCUUUUUUUUUAUUUUUUCUUUUAUUUAUUUAUUUUUUAAUAUUUAUUUAUUCCCUUUUGUUGCCCUUGUUGUAGUUAUUGUCGUUGUUAUUGAUGUCGUUGUUGUUGGAUAGGAUAGAUAGAAAUGGAGAGAGGAAGGGAAGACAGAGAGGGGGAGAGAAAGAUAGACACCUGCAGACCUG